AUUUGUAUACUUUCACAUAAUAGAGAGAGAGCGUGUGGAGAGAGAAAUAGCUCUCUCAUUCCCCAUUUACUCAUAUUGUCCUCUUUAUUUUCUUCCUCUACAUUAUCGCCUUCCAACUGGGUGUCGGUGGUUUUGGAGUUUUGGGCUUCAUUUUUCGUGGGUUCGUCGAGAUCUGGCUCCGAUUUCGUCAGUUGGGGUCUGUUUUUGAGGAAUUCGUUUGGGUUCCUUGAGGAUUAGAGGAGAAUUGGAGUUUUGAGGUGGUCCCGAGAUCUGGGUCGACACUUGAGCAAUUUUCGGGGAAAAAACUUGCUUUUGAGGAGGCUUUGAAGUUCUCAGGCAUGCAUAGAUCUCGCUGAAACAGAGGCAUUUCACAUCUGAGCAAAGAGAAGAUCAGGUGGCAAUGGACUCUGAAGGAGAAUCUGGGGCCAAGUCCUUGAAGGGCCUGGGUGGUCAGGUUUGCCAGAUCUGUGGUGAUAAUGUUGGCAAGACUGUAGAUGGUGAGCCCUUUAUUGCUUGCGAUGUUUGUGCAUUUCCUGUAUGCAGGCCCUGCUACGAGUAUGAGAGGAAAGACGGGAAUCAGUCUUGCCCUCAAUGCAAAACCAGAUACAAGAGGCAUAAAGGAAGCCCUGCUAUUCGUGGUGACGGAGAAGAGGAUGGUGAUGUUGAUGAUGUUGUCGCUGAUAUCAACUACUCUUCGGAAGAUCAAAACCAGAAGCAGAAGAUAGCUGAGCGCAUGUUGAGCUGGCAAAUGACAUAUGGACGAGGGGAGGAUACAAACUACGAUAGAGAGGUUUCUCACAAUCACAUUCCCUUGCUCACAAAUGGAAUGGAUGUUUCAGGAGAGCUGUCUGCUGCUUCACCCGAGCGUCUUUCUAUGGCAUCUCCUGGAGUUGGUGGAGGAGGGAAACGUAUACACCCCCUCCCAUACACAGGAGAUGUCAAUCAAUCACCUAAUAUUAGAAUCACGGAUCCAGUGAGGGAGUUUGGUUCACCAGGAUUAGGCAACGUAGCCUGGAAAGAGAGGGUUGAUGGCUGGAAGAUGAAGCAGGAGAAGAAUGUUGUUCCACUGAGCACUGGCCAUGCCGCUUCUGAAGGCAGAGGAGCUGGAGAUAUUGAUGCAAGCACUGAUGUGCUUGUGGAUGACUCUCUCCUAAAUGAUGAAGCUCGGCAGCCUCUCUCAAGGAAGGUUUCUAUUCCAUCAUCUAGGAUAAAUCCUUACAGGAUGGUCAUUAUUCUGCGGCUGAUUAUUCUCUCAAUUUUCUUGCACUACCGGAUAACAAAUCCUGUGAAUGAUGCAUAUCCUCUGUGGCUGCUAUCUGUGAUAUGUGAGAUUUGGUUUGCAAUGUCCUGGAUAUUGGAUCAGUUCCCAAAAUGGCUCCCAGUAAACCGUGAAACAUAUCUUGACAGGCUCGCUCUAAGAUAUGACCGAGAAGGAGAGCCCUCACAGUUAGCUGCUGUUGACAUAUUUGUCAGUACUGUGGACCCUUUAAAGGAGCCACCUCUUGUAACAGCAAAUACCGUCUUGUCCAUUCUUGCUGUUGACUACCCAGUUGACAAGGUUUCUUGUUAUGUCUCUGACGAUGGAGCGGCUAUGUUGACAUUUGAAGCUUUAUCUGAAACAUCAGAAUUUGCACGAAAAUGGGUUCCUUUCUGCAAAAAGUAUAGCAUUGAGCCACGGGCCCCAGAAUGGUACUUUGCACUGAAGAUUGACUACCUGAAGGAUAAAGUUCAGCCAUCAUUUGUCAAAGACCGCAGGGCUAUGAAAAGAGAGUAUGAAGAAUUUAAGGUUCGUGUCAAUGGGCUCGUUGCAAAAGCACAAAAGAUUCCUGAAGAAGGAUGGAUCAUGCAGGAUGGUACACCAUGGCCUGGAAAUAAUACCAGGGAUCAUCCAGGAAUGAUCCAGGUUUUCUUAGGUCAAAGUGGAGGGCUCGAUACCGAGGGUAAUGAGCUGCCUCGGUUAGUCUAUGUUUCUCGUGAAAAGCGUCCUGGCUUCCAACAUCACAAGAAAGCCGGUGCUAUGAAUGCACUUGUUCGAGUAUCAGCUGUUCUAACUAAUGGACCCUUCUUGUUGAAUCUUGAUUGUGAUCACUACAUAAACAACAGCAAGGCAUUGAGGGAAGCUAUGUGUUUUUUGAUGGAUCCAAACCUUGGGAAAUCAGUUUGUUAUGUUCAGUUUCCACAGAGGUUUGAUGGUAUUGAUAGAAAUGAUCGAUAUGCCAACCGUAAUACUGUUUUCUUUGAUAUAAACUUGAGAGGUUUGGAUGGUAUUCAAGGCCCUGUUUAUGUGGGAACUGGAUGCGUCUUCAAUAGAACUGCUUUAUAUGGUUAUGAGCCCCCUAUCAAACCUAAGCAUAAAAAACCAGGGGUGUUUUCUUUAUGCUGUGGUGGAUCAAGAAAGAAGGGUUCAAAAUCCAGUAAGAAGGGCUCAGACAAGAAGAAAUCUAGCAAGCAUGUAGACCCCACUGUGCCAAUUUUCAAUCUAGAGGAUAUAGAGGAGGGUGUUGAAGGUGCUGGAUUUGAUGAUGAGAAGUCACUGUUAAUGUCACAAAUGAGCCUGGAAAAAAGGUUUGGUCAGUCUGCUGUUUUUGUUGCCUCUACACUUAUGGAGAAUGGUGGUGUCCCUCAAUCUGCAGCCCCAGAAACACUUCUUAAAGAGGCCAUUCAUGUUAUCAGCUGUGGAUACGAGGAUAAAACAGAAUGGGGACGUGAGAUAGGAUGGAUAUAUGGGUCUGUCACAGAAGAUAUUCUUACAGGAUUCAAGAUGCAUGCUCGUGGUUGGAGAUCUAUUUACUGCAUGCCCAAGCGCCCGGCCUUCAAAGGGUCUGCCCCUAUUAAUCUUUCAGAUCGUCUGAACCAAGUGCUUCGAUGGGCCCUGGGUUCUGUGGAAAUUCUUUUCAGUCGGCACUGUCCUAUCUGGUAUGGUUAUGGUGGAAGGCUAAAAUGGCUUGAGAGAUUCGCAUAUGUAAACACCACCAUUUAUCCAAUCACUGCCAUCCCUCUUCUUGUUUACUGCACUCUGCCAGCUGUUUGUUUGCUUACUGGAAAGUUCAUUAUUCCACAGAUCAGUAACAUUGCAAGUAUUUGGUUUAUAUCCCUCUUCCUUUCCAUCUUUGCUACCGGUAUAUUGGAGAUGAGAUGGAGUGGUGUUGGAAUCGAUGAAUGGUGGAGAAAUGAGCAGUUUUGGGUUAUUGGUGGCGUGUCUGCUCAUCUUUUUGCUGUUUUCCAAGGCCUGCUGAAAGUACUUGCUGGAAUUGAUACCAACUUCACUGUCACCUCCAAGGCUUCGGAUGAAGACGGGGAUUUUGCUGAACUCUACAUGUUUAAAUGGACAACUCUUCUCAUCCCACCCACAACGCUCCUCAUAAUCAACUUGGUGGGUGUUGUUGCAGGGAUCUCCUAUGCCAUCAACAGUGGCUACCAGUCAUGGGGUCCACUCUUUGGCAAGCUCUUCUUUGCCUUCUGGGUGAUCGUUCAUCUCUAUCCCUUCCUCAAAGGUCUGAUGGGACGCCAGAACCGAACACCCACUAUUGUUGUUGUCUGGUCGAUUCUCCUUGCUUCCAUUUUCUCGUUGUUAUGGGUCAGAAUUGAUCCCUUCACCACUAGAGUCACUGGCCCAGAUGUUGAGCAGUGUGGUAUCAACUGCUAGAGGGAAGACAACUGAAACAAUGAAAACCUCAACAUCUGUUUCUUCUCUCUGUACUAUAUGUGAGAGAAGAGGAGGUGGGAGUUACGGAAUCUCUCAUGUUUCUGCUGUACCUGUUUGGUUGUGGACUUCUUUUGUCCAUGUGAAGUUUACAUCAUGUGCAGAAUAUAGGUUUGGUCAAAUUCAUUUGUUGUUCCAUGAGUGACUAUAACGUUUGUCUUUCAAAAGAUAAACUCUGUUGUUGCGUAAAGUAUCUGAACAGACUGUGCCACAGCAAUUACCUUUUCUUGUGUAUUUAUUUGUCAAGACCAGAAGCAAUCAUGUAACUUAAUGCAUGUUUUCUCCUUACCAUUCAAUUAUAAUGCUCUUUCUGUGCAACUCCA